AUUAUUACCAUUGACAUUUGGGAGCAAUUAAUUCCCUCUUAUCCAAAAUAAGACAUAUUUGAUUAUUUGACCCAAUAGCCAUAAAUAGAAAAUAAAUGGCUUCUGUAAGGCUGUGUGUAUGGUGGGGUAGGGGUAUUAAAAAGUGGCAAAAAUAAAAAAAGAAAUAAUAAUAAAAAAUAAAAAGUGGCCUUUUCAUUCUCUGUUCCAUUAGAGCCUUUUUGUGGAAAAAGCAAAAGUGUUAACCUGAAGUGAAAGCAAGCAAAAGCAAUGUCACUCUCUCAAUCUCAGCUCACAGAUCCCGCCAUUAAGCUCUUCGGAACCAAUAUUCCCUUACCGCCUUCCAACUCUUCUUCUGAGACCUCCCACUCCGACGACUCUCCGCUUUCUCAAUCUCAAUUCAUGGACGAAUGUAGAGAAGAAGCAACAAAAGCAGAAGUAGAGGAUACCGGAGAAAGGUGUUGUGAGCAUGAUAGUUUUUCAGACUCAGAGGGUAAAGGAAAUAGUUACCAAAAUCAUGUCCAGGAGAAUGAAGUAAACUGUAACCCUGUAGAAGACCAAAGGAGUGAAAGUGACCGAAGUAGCAAAGAGAAGAUUUUGAAAAGGCCAGACAAGAUUCUUCCGUGUCCUCGCUGUAACAGCUUGGGAACAAAGUUUUGCUACUUUAAUAAUUACAAUGUUAAUCAACCUAGGCAUUUUUGCAAGAACUGCCAAAGAUAUUGGACAGCCGGGGGAACAAUUAGAAAUGUACCUGUGGGUGCUGGACGCCGUAGGAAUAAGCAUUCAUCUUCACAGUUACAUCAAGAAACAACAAAUGAUUCAGCAGCAGUAGUUACACAAGAAGACAUCAAUAAUGCUACCAGCGAUCAGUCUCCACCAUCCAAUAGAUUUCCUGCCUCAGCCAGACUUGACAAUGGGAUGGCAGAAGGGUUAAAAUUUAGUUCAGAGACUCCUUUGUGUGAAUCUAUGGAAACCAAGCUUAAUAUCGAAGACCAUAAGAAAAGUGAAAUAGAAUCUGCUGCAUUUGGAGAUAGUUCGGAGGACCUAUCCUUGUCCAGCAAUUCCUUGAAUGCCCAUUCUUCACAAAAUAGCAGUUGUUUUAGAAGAGAAGACGACAGUGCUGACCAUAGACAUCCAAUGCAGUGUUAUCCUGUUCCACAAUGGGCUUAUCCUUGGAACCCUGGUUGGAGUGUUAUGAUGGUCGGACAAAAUGACAGCAAUCCCAAUCCUUCUAGUGUAGGUACCUUGCCCAUGGUGUCGAUUCCCGGUUUUUCAGCACCAAAUACCCCAUUUCCAUUUCUCCCUGCCUCAUAUUGGGGUUACAUGCCAAACUGGGACACCCAAAACUGGACUCAGCCAAUUAAUAGAUACAGUGGUAACAUGCCACCUUCAUCUUCCACAAUCAACACUAACUCUUCAAGUAAUAGCUCAGCAAUCUUGGGGAAACAUUCAAGAGAUACAAAUAUGCAGGCAGAAGAAAAAACAGGGCAGCGCCUUUGGGUACCAAAGACAUUGAGGAUUGACGACCCAGAUGAGGCUGCAAAAAGUUCUAUAUGGUCUACGUUGGGUAUUAAACCUGAUAAGAAUACACCUAUCAUAAGAGGUGGUAUCUUUAAAGCCUUUCAACCCAAAUCAGAUGCCAAUUCACGUUCAUUGGAUGCUGAUCAGGUUUUACAGUCAAAUCCGGCAGCUCUUUCUCGCUCUCAUUCUUUCGAGGAGAGCACGUAAAACUCCUUUGUGACAUGGGAGUUAUUCCUGUGUUGUUUGGCUACCUGUCCUGGCCUUGUUGAUUGUAUGGAUACAUAGUGACAUUGUUCUUUUUGUCACAGCUACAAUCAACUUCAGUCAAGUUUUGAAGGCAAAUGUGACAGAAGCUAAAUAAAAGAACUAUCAGAUGUUUUUGGAUCUUCAUAAAUAAAUUGUAAUCAACAUCUUCUGUAAUAAUGGCUUCGGAGAAAACUGUUAGUGAUUAAACAGAAGAUGCAGUACAUUACAAUCACAGUUCACCUUUGACCAAGAAGAUGGCUUAAAUCUAAAUGCCAAUCAAGCACAGAAGGAGGAAGAAAGAAUGGCAAGUCAGCUCAUUUGGUCAACGAACUCAGAGACUACAUAAUUUGUGUUUCAAGUUGACUCCAUGAGCUUAGGGAAAAGAAAGAAAAAAAAAAGAUCUUCCAAACAAACUAAGGAUAUUUUGUGAAUGGGUUUUCCACUCUAUGCAUCCUGACUUCUAUCAGCUUAGAUCAAAAUAGUAGUUAUAGUUUUUUCUUUACUUUUUUGUAUCCAAAAUUAUAAAUCAUGUUUAAUUCUUCACAUGGUAUCUCUCUUCCUCUCGCUGCUUUUCCAAAGGUUGUAUUUUCAUUGGAUUGUCAUCAUUUGUUUCUGGCAAAAGAUAACUACUGAUUUUAGAGAUAAAAGAAGGAAUAUGGUGUAGUAUUAGUACCUAUUAGUUAUUACAACAUAAAAGUUUUGCCUUUGGCAAGAAUGAGAAGGUGUACGUAGAUUUUAAGAUAGGCUGCAGAAAGUUUGUUUAAAAAACUGCUGCACAACAAAGACUGUACUUCAAGUUCAGGUGUUCAAG